AUGGAUCAGGAUGUGGUCCGCAGGUGGUUGAGGCAAGUGAGCAGCUUGGUGAGUGUAUUUGGGUAGCAUGUUGCGUGGCGUGGCGUGGCAUGACAUCACGGAAAACAAACUCGUCUGAGCCAGUUGGCUGACCCAUUGGCCAAACAGUAUCCCAACGCCUCUCGAAUCUAUACCGACGUAGAUGCGCUGCUGCUCAAUCAACCCUCCUUGCGUCCAAGCACAUCCGAAUACAUUUCAGACGUAGGUCAAGCUUCUCUCUUGCUCAAUCUAAAAGGCACAAUUCCUAUCCUGUUCAAAGGUCAGACGUAUCACAUUCCCCUCAUCAUUUGGAUUCCAAGAGCUUAUCCUAGGGAAGCUCCUUUGGUCUUUGUAACGCCGACGAGGGAUAUGCUCGUCAGAAAGGGCGAACAUGUGGAUCUGAGCGGGAAGACUUCGGGCGAGUGGCUGAGCAUGUGGGAGAAGAAGUGGGAGGUGAGUUGAGAGAGCAAGCGAGAAAGAGAGAGAGAGAGCACGCGCGCGCGCGAGACGACCAGGUGACUGUUUCGUUGAACGCGUGUGCGGACCUGGGUGAAUGUAUGCGGGUGGACUUGGCCCACGCUGGCUCACCCAAUCACUGCUCCCACUCUCCCCCAAAGGCCUGCAAUUUGGUCAACAUGGUACAAUCCCUGCAACAACAAUUUGGACAAAUGCCGCCCGUGUAUGCUCGACCCGCAUCAGAGGCGCAUCAAGCGAGUCGGAGCGGGACCGGGACCGGGACAGGGACAGGAUUAGAGACCGGAGUAGCUUCUUCCAGUCGAGGUUCUCCAUCCACGUCCGAAUUUUUCCGAUCUUCUCCUGCUCCCUACGCAUCUCCUGCCACGACAAUUGCCGCAUCUUCAUCUGCCUCUGGCUCGCGAGAAGAAAGCCGAGCACCUGCCAGACCUCCCAAACCCGAUGCUGACUCGGGAUACGCAUCGAGGGACCCUGCCUCAUUCGUAUCCGCUAUGGGUACGAAUCAAUCGCACAGAUGGUCUGCUUCGUACGCACCACAAACUCAGCUCGCUGCUCGACCAAACGUGACGUUGCCUUUGAGCACGAAUAGACCUGCUUCUUUUCACGCCAGCGACGCUGCUCCUCCGUCUUUUAGUCCUGCCCAUCCAUACUCGUCCCCGCGAGCGCACCCACGCCCGUACGAGCACAGCUCCUCGACAGGUGCGCCUCAUCGAAGCUCAACUGGUCCAGCACAGCACGCGGAAGGGAGGAGAGCGUCGAGCGGGAGAGAGAUAAUUGCUUCGCAUGCGCAUUUUUCGCCUUCGUACCACCACCCCGCUCAGAGGGCAGCGGAGGAUGCGAGGAUCGGGCCAUAUGAUGCUGGACAACAGUCACAAGCACACCAUGCAUAUUCGCAAGCGCAGCAGGGAAGAGCGGAUAGCACAGGUAGCAGUGCACCUCCGCCUUUGCCGCCUCACGCACCUCAUCAGUAUGGCACUCCGAGCGCAGGAGGAGGCGACGCCUUGAAGCAGCCCGAUGCCGGUUCGUCCGUCGCUGCAGGCGCAAGUGGAGUCGCGCCUCCCCUACCCCCCAAUCCCGAGCUGCUCUCCCUACGUCAAGCGCUGCACUCCAAGCUCUCCUUGCACAUCACCACCGAGCUCAACAACUCUUUGCAGCGCAAAGCCCAAUUGGAAAUGCUCCUUGCGGAUCUCCAAAGGGGCGCUCCGGCCAUUCACGACGAGAUGGAGAGGUUGAGAGCGGUUAGGGAUGUGGUCAGGAGCACUUUGAACGGAUUGCAGGAGAGUAGGGAUAGAACGGUUGCUAGGACACUGGAGAUGGAGAAACGACCUGCGGUGCAUGAGGAGGAGAUCGUUUGCGCUACUAGUAUUGUGGGCAAUCAGUGAGUCGAGUUGGCCGUUGGCAACGAUUGGAGGGCGGUGCUAGGUGUCAGUAGGAGCUGCCGAUGCGUCUGUUGACCAAGGCAGAGACGAUAUCGAAGAAAAAGUGCAUCGCGUGGGCAUCUUUCAUCAUCUCCCGUCUCCCGAAUCUGCCAUUCCGCUUCGCUUCGCCUUCUAACACUGGCACCAAAAUCCCCUCCUUCCCCGCGCGCACGCCUUGCCUCCGCAUGAUUAGACUGCUCAAUUUGACAGCGGACGAUAAUGCGAUAGAAGACACGCUGUAUCAUCUGGGUAGAGCAUUGGGAGCGGGAACGGAACAGUUGGACUUGGACAAGUACCUCAAACAGACUCGCUUCUUGGCGCGCGAACAGUUCUUCAAGAGGGCGUUGGCUGAUAGGAUCUGUGCGAGUAUGGGAUGGGAAUGA